GGUGGUGACAGAAAAAAUAACAUAGAUGGCAGCUCCUUGCCGGAGUGCUGCCACACUAUUCGCCAGUUACAGUUACUUUUCGGCAUUUAAUACGAAUUAUAAAGUUGAGCGUGUCUUUUUGUAAGUUACUUAUUACGUAUUAUUGGCACUUGGAGAAAGCACCAAAGAAUUUGGCGUUCAAAUCAAAUCGUAUGAUAAAGCUAACACAGCAUAUGAUACGAUUCAAUCCAGCGUUUGUCGACAAAGGAAACGGAAUUCAAUCCCACGGAGGUUGCUGAUGUUGUUGACCGAGAACAAAUCGGCUCCAAGAACAGUGAAGAAGACAAAUUCCUUUCAUGUGCACACAACUAUCCCUGAAAUGGAUGAUGAAAACCAGUUAGAAGAGAUGGAGGAACUUUUUGCCGAAUAUCAGAUACAGCAUUUUACAAAAUCCAUAGAACUUUCUCAAGCAGUGCCAGAAUAUGCCCUUCUUCAGUCGAUGCAAAAAUGGCAGGACGCAGCCAAAAGUAUAGUCGCCAGUUGUGCGAGGCGAAUUGCGGUCAACGCUUGCGCUACAUCCGCGAACGUCUGCCCACCUUUGAAAUACUGGAGUCGCAGGUGUUUCCAAUUGCAUCGCCAGAGUUUGAGGACAUGUUCGAUGAUAUCGUCUAUGCGCCUCAGCUGUAUCAACAAAUCCGUUUCUUGGUGACAUUGAGAAGGCGGUCGCCAACUGGCUGCUCAAGUUCGAGUCCGAGGAACUCAAGUGGCGCAAGCUAAAAAUGAAGGCAGACGAUAAGCUUGAGCAGGAAAAAUAAUCGAGGAACGGAUCUAUUAGAUAUAUAGAUAUUCCCUUUAUAAUUUCGUUCAACUUUUCCUUUGACA